AUGCCUCCACAGCGCAAAACGCUUCAUGUGAGCGGAUCUACAGAGUCCAUCGGCGCCUUGGAUAUCCUGGCGCAGAUCAAAGUCGACUUCAAUGAGAGCAAAUCCAUUCUCCAAGAAACCUCCCGAUCAAGAGGGUCUUUCUUUUCCGCGUUCACCACAAGCCGCUCCAAGUCUGGCGACGGCGCUAAAAACUUAGAGAAGACGAUUUCUGAUAUAAUAGUCAAGUUAAACAGUUUAACUGCCAGGACAGAUAUUCCUCUGGAUCGUCUGCCCAAUGCAAUCAUUUCUAUGCGUCAGAUUGAGAAAAAGCUUCGCGACAACAUCAUUGCUGAAUUAAAGGCCGGAAUGAUUAAUAAGAAGUAUAUAGUAGACUACGGGGAACUCUCUAAGCAAGCGUUGUCAAUCUGCGCCGAAGCUACAGAGAUUUAUGAAACUGCGUGA